CCUAUAAUCGCUGGGGCCAGUCCGAAUGCUUGCCAAAAAUCAACUCCAAAAUAAGCUGGCUGCUCCAGAGGCCGUACGGACUGCGGAUAAGUACUUCUGGACGGGCACAUCCAAGGCCUCGACCAGCUCUCUGCCACCUUUUCCAAGCAGACUCACACUCGCUCCAGUGUCCAACAACCCCGUCAGUUGCUUGGUCAGAACUCGGACUGCGGCGAACGGUCUGGGAUCUCGCGAUAAACUGCGCCUCACGACGGCCACUGCUUCGCGUCGGCAGUUCCGACGUUUGCGAAAUCGCUCCCUGGCCUUUUGCACCUUGCGAGACACCACACGCAUCCCGCCUAACUGGUGCUCUGAGAAGAUCCUGUUCCCGGUUUCUAGAUACCGCCGCAUCCUCUCCGCAUAA